AUGUCUCUUCGCGCCCUCGCCACUGCUUCCAGACCCUUCCUCCUCAACUCCCUCAAGAACACCCUCAAGCCUCAGCAACCCAAGGUCAUCUCCAACAUGCUUUACAGAAACUAUACUAGCGCUGCUGCCGCUCCUGCCGGAUUGGGCCAGCCCGAUAUGACCAAGGGUCCCCUCUACCGUUACGACACUGCCCUCCCCAAGUUGCCCGUUCCCACCUUGGCCGACACCUGUGCCCGCUACUUGAAGUCGGUCCGUCCCCUCUUGAACGACAAGGAGUUUGCCGAGACCACUGCUGCCGUUGCCGAGUUCCAGAAGCCCGGCGGUGUUGGUGAGGAGCUCCAGAAGCGUCUUCUUGCCAAGGCCAACGACCCCAAGACUGUCAACUGGCUCGAGGACUGGUGGAACGACCUUGCUUACUUCGGAUACCGUGAUCCCGUCGUCAUCUACGUCUCGUACUUUUACGCCUACAAGGAUGAUCGUCUCCGCCGCAAGCCCACCCAGCGUGCCGCUGCCAUCAUCCAAUCCGCCAUGGACUUCCGUCGCCAGGUCGUUGAUGAGUCGCUUGCCCCUGAAAUGGUCAAGAAGCAGCCCUUGGACUCUUCGACCUACAAGUACAUGUUCAACGCCUGCAGAUACCCCGCUAAGCCCAGCGAUUUCGAGUUGGCCUUUGACCCUGCCCAGAACAACCACGUUGCCGUUGUCCGCCACAACCAGUUCUUUACCUUCGAUCUGGUCAAGGACGGCAAGGUCUUGAGCACUGCCGAUAUUGAGGCUCAGUUGGAUGCCAUCGUCAAGUUGGCCGGCGACCGCAAGGACCCCUCCAUCGGUGUCUUGACCUCUGACAACCGUGACAUCUGGACCGAGGCCCGCAAGACCCUUAUCAACGCUGGCUCUCAGAACGAGGAGCUCCUCCGCAAGAUCGAGUCGUCGGUCUUCUUGCUCUGCUUGGAUGACUCCAGCCCCGUCACCCGCGACGAGGUCUCCCGCGCCUGCUGGCACGGAGAUGGCCGCAACCGUUUCUUCGACAAGGCCCUCCAGUUCAUUGUCUUUGAGAACGGCAAGGCCGGCUUCAUGGGCGAGCACUCGACUAUGGAUGGUACCCCCACUUGCCGCUUGAACGACUAUGUCUGCUCCACCUUGGCCCAGAACAAGAUCGACCACGGCUCGGCCACCGUCUCUGCCACCUUGGAGGCACCCCAGAAGCUCAACUUUGCCUUCAACACCGCCGUCCACAAGGCGAUCGAGACCUCGGAGAAGAACUUUGAGGAGUUGAUUGGCAAGCACGGAUUGCACGUCCAGAACUACGAGGGAUACGGCAAGGGCUUGAUCAAGAAGUUCAAGUGCUCGCCCGAUGCCUACGUCCAGAUGAUCAUCCAGCUCGCCUACUUCAAGAUGCACGGCGUCUCCCGUCCCACCUACGAGUCUGCUCAGGUCCGCAAGUUCCAGCACGGUCGUACCGAGACCUGCCGUACCGUCUCGACUGAGUCUGUCGCCUGGGUCAAGUCCAUGGAGGACCCUCACGUCUCUGCUGCCGAGAAGACUGCCCUCUUCAAGAAGGCCCUUGACUCCCACAUCGGAUACAUGUCCAAGGCCGUUGAGGGCCAAGGUUGCGACCGUCACUUGUUGGGACUUCGUCUCUCGCUCAAGUCGCACGAGUCCAAGCCCACGAUCUUCCAGCAGGAGAUCUUCAGCCGGUCGUCCCACUGGAACUUGUCGACUUCUCAGUUGUCCGGAGAGCACUUUGAUGGAUACGGUUGGGGUGAGGUUGUCCCUGAUGGUUACGGAGUUGCCUACAUGGUUAACGAAAACAACUUGUCGUUCAACGUUGCUUCGAUGAAGGAGAUGCACCCCGAGCGCUUGCACCACUACUUGAAGGAGUCUGCCACCGAGAUGAAGCAGCUCUUUGAGCAGACCCUUUUGGAGGCUCCCAAGUCCAAGCUGUAA